AUGUCUGACUACCAGCCGCCACUGGAGUUUGUGAGUGUGUGGGUGCGAGACCCUCGUAUCUGCAAGGAGGACUUCUGGCACGCUUACAUGGACUACGAGAUAUGCAUACACACCAACAGCUUGGCGUUCAACAGGAAGAGUUCGUGUGUGAGGAGGCGCUUCAGUGAGUUUGUUUGGCUCCGACAGAAACUACAAGAAAACACACUAUUGCUUGUAAACAUGCCCCCCCUCCCCCCUCGGAAUCCUUUCUUCAGUCUAAACAACGCACAACAGAUCAACACACGCAUGAAGGGACUACAGACUUUCCUACAGACGGUGGUGGAGAUUCCUCUGUUGCUGAGUGACAGCUGCCUGCAUCUCUUCCUCCAAUCACAGCUCAGCGUGGAGCUGAUGGAGGCGUGUGUAGAGGGGAGAGGCGGGGCCAGUGUUACUAUGGCAAUACAGAACUCCGCCCCUUCAACACAGAGAUUCCCAGAAGAGGACCUGAAAGAGGACUAG